AUGCCGGGCUUGUACGGCUGCCGGCCGAAGAAGCCCAGGGGGACGACCGCGGCGACCAAGCGGGACGAGGCGGCCGCGAAGGCUCUCCGCUUCCGCAAACCGGUGAAGACACCCCAGCUGGUUUCCGCAGCCCCGCUCACUCUUGAGAGGGCGGACGCCGCCUCCAUCAUGGAGUCGGCGGAGGGCCCCGCGGCCACUCGGCGGAUCGAUCCGGCCGCCGACCUCCGGCAAGCGAAGGAGCAGAACGCGCGGGAGGCGCGUGCGGAGCAGGAGGCGGCCCGCCUGGCGAAGGCGGUAGAGGAGAAGGCGGAGGCAUCCGCCAUGGCGAAACUGGCGGCGACCGAAGCCGCUGCCAAGGCGAAGGCGCGGGAGCGGGCCGAGGAAGCCUCGCGUCGUCAGACGGCGCAGUUCGUCGUCCCUCUGCGCUCCGCGCCGCCACCGCCCGAGUUCAGGGCGCCGACCGGGGGAGCCGGUGGCCAGCACUCGGCAAUGGAGAGGGAGAGCGGCGACGUCGUCCCGUCGAUGGUGAUCGUGCUUCCAUCGGCGCCCGUAGGGGAGUCGCGGGACAAGCAGCCGGCGGACUUGCCCGCGCCACCAAUCGGGCGCGAGGUAGCGGCCCCGACUCCCAGAGUCCGCGCACCGUUGCGCCGCCGGCUGGUGAAGGCGGCUUCAUUGCCACGCCCGCCGGGAGUCAGCACCGCGAGCUCCUCGAUCCCCAACGCGGAGGCGUCCAGCGCCGUGCCCGUCGGUUGGGUGCGAGGAGGAGGGACGGGUCCUUUGAACACGGCGAUCCUGGACGUCCAGGCCAAGCUCCAAGCCGAAGCCGACGCCCUAAAGCGCUGCAACAACGCCUUCUUGGAGUCGCGCGGAGUUGUCCGGGAGUAUCACAACCUCCGUGCGCACAUCUUCAACUCCAAGGUUCAGGAGCUGACUCAACGGACCGCCGACUUGGCGGAAAGCCGGGAGGCCAAGGCCGCCUUGCAGCAGCAGCUGGGCGAGGCCCGCACCGCACUGCACGCCAAGGAGGCCGAGUGCAGCAAGCUGGCUGAGGAGCGUGACCGGCUGGUCACGCAGCUGGCGGAGCAGGCGAAGCUCCUCAAGAAGGCCCACAAGGAGGCGGAGGACAAGGAGACCAGCCUUCUUGCCCAGUUCGCGACAGAGCGCGCCGCCUGGACCGACAGGGAGUUGAUGCUAACCUCCGGCUUCCACGAAGUCGAGGACAUAGUCGACGACUUCUUCCCUGGCCACUCGAAUGCUGCCAACCAAGCCAUCGAGGUCAGCCGCGAAAGGCGGAGGGCAGAGGGUGCGAAGCUUGCCGCCGACGCUCCCCGUCCCCUCAACGAGUAA